AUGUGUAAACACAUUCUCAACGCCCAAGUCGCCAUUCGAUCUCCUUGCUGUAAAAAAUGGUUCGACUGCGCCGAAUGCCACCUCGAACAAGAAACGCAUAUGCUGGCUAAAUCGGUCGAAAUGGUCUUCGCGUGCAAGAAGUGCAAGAAAUGUUUCCGGAAGGACGCGGCGGAGUUUGAAGAGAGCGACGAAUACUGCCCCCACUGCGACAACCACUUCGUCAUCGAAGCCGUGACGCCGAAGCCCUCGUUACAGGUGGAGGGAGAAGACGCGCGGAAAGACUCGCGAAUGCUCAAAGACGAGCGAGUGCGCGGCCACGAGGAACGCUCGCUGUUCAACAUCAAGGACGGGACGGAUCGAUUGGGCUGAUUCGAUUACACAUUUCUUUUCUUCGAUUCGGUGGUUGAUAUACUUGGCUUGGCUCGGUUGCAUUGUGCGUAAUGAUGAUAUGACAUAUUUUUCUUGUUCGGAUUGGUUUGGUCGGUGGCUUGGGGUAUGGGAGUGAGAUAGACAUGUGGUGUUGAGGAGUCGAUGUAUGUUAUAAAAG